UCCGCCAUGUUUUUUUUACAAGUCAGCGACAAACGAAGCUACUUUACAAACAUAAAUGUGGCGCAAAUGUUUGAUUUUAUGUGAAAUAAGGACACAUUUUAGCUGUCGGUGCCGUCAGCCCACAGUCUGACAUUUUCAGCGACUUCUCAAGGUUGUUCUGACCCCGUUUUUGAGUCUCGGUCCAUCGUAGUUGUCCCCAGAUCUUUGAAAAUCAUGGAGAAAGUGGGAGCAUAUGAGGUGGUGAAGGAUGAUGUGGAGGUCAGCUACAAUCAAAUGGAAGCAUCCACUCCAAAAAAGAGGAAGAGCAAAUCUCAAGAAGACACUGUUGAAAAAGCCAAGAAGCCGCGGUCUGCCUAUCUGUUAUACUACUUUGAUGUUCACCAGAUAACCCAACAGGAAGUACCUAAUCUGCCACAGUCUGAGAUCAACAAGCGAAUCAGUGAGAGCUGGAAAAGGCUUAGUGUGGCUGAGAAAGCCUACUACCUGGAGAAGGCCAAGUUUGAGAAGGAGGGCAUAGAUACAUCCUCAGUCAGCCCCUCCAAUGACCUGCCAGGCUUCCGCAAGAUCCUCCCCAGAGCCAGCUACGUUCUCUUGUCCAAAAGCUGUCAGUCAGAGGUGAGCGUGGAGUCUCUGGACCCUCCAGCAGAAGGAGGCUUGUCCUCCGUCUCCCACACCCAAGAACCCCACUUCACUCAUCUAGGGGUGGCUGGUGAGGUGGAACUUUCUGAUUUGCCCAUCGUUGAUGACGAAGUAGCAGAGGAAACAGCGAUGGUGUCUGGCCCCACAACUGUUCAAGGAAUCCCAUCUCCUGUUUCGGUCUCUGUCACUUCCAAAACCCCUGCUUCCACAGAUGCCCAGUUCUCUACUGAUCUUAGAGCAAAUGGGGUCACAUUGAAAGAAAUUCCGACAAGAGCUGCUGGUAGUAGUUAUGGUUGGGCGAUGGUGCAGCAUGUACAUAGAGAACCUCCUCAGAUGGUUGCCAUCAUACCCUCCCAGAGCCUGUUAGAGACAGCUGUGAACUCUGUGGGACCUCUGAUGAUGCUGUCUGUAGGAGCCAGAGUAGAACAAAGUGCCAAACCUUCGUAUAAAAUGUCUGUGAAGACUUACACCAGGAGAGGUCGAGGGAGGUGUCUAAAUCCUAAAUGUUCAUUUGUGUACGUCACCCGCCACAAGCCACCUACAUGCCCUGAAUGUGGGAGCCGUUUGGGGGGGAAAUGGAUUCCUGCUGCAAAGAAAACGAAAGAGAAAGCAGCAGCAUCGAAGCAGUUUUCACAGAAAGCUGAAACCAAGCCUGAAGAAAGCUGCCAGCCCACACAACUCCCUGCUCAAGGGGAGAAUGCUGAUGUUGGUAAAACAAACACCAGUGGGAGCAAAAAGCAAGCUCAAACUCAGCCGUGCUCCAGGAAGCAGUGUGCAGUUCCAGUCAAAACACCACCAGAGGGCAGAAGCACCACGCAACAGGAAGAAACAAAACAACUGAAAGACGGUCUUAAAGGCACCAUAGUUCAAGGUCAAGACAGAAGCAAUGUCACUGUUCAGAAGAGGCCUGUGAGGCCAAUCCUCCCUGCCUAUUAUAACACAGGCAGUGCCUUGUUACAGAUCAUAACUGUCCCACCUGACAAAGGAAAAUAUCAGACUGCAAACACCAACAAAUCAUCAUCUGCUUCCGGGGAGAGUUUCUCAGGUCUCAAACCCAGCACUUUGAAGCAGCUCGGCCAGACGGUCCCAACAGUCUCACUCAAGCAGGAUUUUGCAGCCUCAGCAGAUGGAGGCCAGACUGUGUCCUCACUGACAGAUGGGAGGAUGAAUUUACUGUCAGUGGUGCCUUUCAAGGAGCGCACUGUCUCUAAAUUUGACUUGGGACUAUCCACAGCACGAGGCAGGGGUCGGUGUAAAAAUCUGUCCUGUGAUUUUAUGUACAAGAACAGACAUAAACCCGCUGUGUGCCCCAAAUGCGGUUGUGAGCUAACACAGAAGAACACCAAGGGGGCAAAGACUGGGACUCUACUAGAUCCAUAUCAGCCUCUAAGUCCUGCUCAGAAGGACGUCCAGCGACAAAAUACACUGCAGCUACUGCGCCGGUCGGUGCAGAUUCCUGAAAGUGAGUCUGAGCUUCAGGAAACGUUGAACCACAUCCAGGAGCUCAAUGGUCUCCAGAUCAUCUUGAUUCAACCAGGGCACCAGGAACAUGAAGACAGUGUGGGGACGGAGACACUGGUCGAGACUGGGUGGCCUCAGUUCUAUGAAUCAGCAGCUUCUCACUGUGGCUUGUGUAACUACCCACUUUUCAAAGGAGGUCAGAGCACCGUUGCAGGACAGAUGGACUGCUGGCUCCUGACUGAGACACUGAUUCAGACAGCUUCUAUCCAGCUCAAAGUGUGUCUCAACGUUCAGUGUCUAGCUCUGCACAGCUUUACCGACCUGCAUCCAGGUUUGUUCAACAUUGGGAAUAAACUUUUGGUGAGCAUUGACCUGUUCCUGAAGAUUAGAGAAAAUAUCAAACUGGGUCACGCUCCCUCUCAGGCCGCCAGGACGACUCUAGACCACAUCCACAAUCAUUCAGUCCAUGCAUUGAGCCCAGAGGAGUUCUCUCAAAUCCAGGAGCUCCUCCUGAGCGGUUACUGGGCCUUUGAAUGUUUGACAAUGCGGGAUUACAACGAUAUGAUCUGUGGGAUUUGUGGUGUCGCUCCCAAGCUGGAGAUAGCACAACGAUAUGCAAACAACGUGCUGGAGCUCAAGAAUGUGGAGUUUACUUGGCCUGAGUAUUCAGUCUCUGAUGAGGUCCAUGUGGAUGAAUUCUGGCUCACCAUGGAGAGUGAGGCCCUCGAGCAGGCCGCUUUCCCCACUGAUAUCCCCAUCACACGUGUGGACGCUUCCAUCAUCGCCCCCUUCAUCCCCCCUCUGAUGAGGAGUCCCACCGUUAUCAACACAGAGAAAGACAAAGCCUUGUCACACACACAGUCGCCCUCAGGAGAUCCAUCCGUUUUGGUGCGUUUUAUUCACGAUGGGCAGCUGAGGCUGGACAAGAUUGAGGAUCACAGCGAGGAUGAGCUGAGAACAAUUCUGGACAGCUGCGGGGCAAACAUCAUCCCGGGCUCCACUAAGAAUGAGCUCCUGGCUUCACUGGUCUCCUUGUACAGGCUUGUUCAUACUGGCAUCUCCACCGCACCACAGCCUCCCCCACAACUCACUGCUGGUAAACUGUCAAAGGUCUGCCCACACAAGGUGGUGUGCGGCUCCAAGUACCUGGUGAAAGGAGAGACGGCUCGGGAUCACGUCGACCUGCUGCUGUCCUCGCGCUACUGGCCGCCAGUCUAUGUCAGCGAUUGUGCCAAGCAGGUGGCGCUCUGUACUGACUUACAGUAUCCAGAGCUGGCAACACUGAUGUGGGGCAGAAACCAAGGCUGCUUCUGUGACCCCUUUGAAAAACCAGAGUUUGUGUCCUGCACUGAGCUACAGGACCUGCCGUACAGCGCUGACCUUUGUUUGGUAGCAGAGAACCAGCAGGUUCAUCCCAUCACCAAGUCUUCGUCUCGCUGGCUGGUUAACCCGCCUGGAGCAGAGCAGCCUGCGGACCCUCUCGCUCCAGAACACCGCUCAUUGUCCCUCUGCAGAGACCUGGAGCCCUACGUCAGCCUGGUGGCUGAGCUGGAGAAAGAGAAGGAAGAGGAGGAACAGACGGAUAAAGAAUGCACGGAGGAAUCAAAGGACUCUUCCUCUGUGAGCUCUGCACGUUGGAAACCCAUGGUUUUUAACAACACAGCCUAUUACUACCUGUACAACCGCCUGGUAGAUUUCCUCACCAGCAGGGAUGUCGUGAACCAGCAGAUCAACCAAGUGGUGAAGAUGUGUCAGCCUGGAGAGGUGGUGAUCAGGGACGCUCUGUACCGGUUAGGAGUGGCAAAGAUUAAGCAAGAAGAAGGAGAAGGAUAUGGAACUGAGGGACCGACACAAGAGGGAGAAACAGAGAUCUAUGAGGUCGUUAUGUCGUAAUAACGUUAGUGAGGACCCAUAAUACAGCAGACGGGUACGCAUAUGGAUAGACUGAGUGUAAAAGUGGCCGUAAGCAGAGAUGGAGUGCAGACUGAGUGCUGCUAGAGAGCCCAGAAGACUGAAAGUGACACAGCUCCAACCUCAAGAAUAACUUCGGUAGCAGAAAUUAUGAGAGAAAAUUCACGUAACAUGAUAUUUAUUUUUUCACUAAGUCGGUUAAAUACGUGGUAAUGGAGAACAUCAAUGAGCAGACCCAAAUAUUUUUGGAAUGGUUCAAUAAAGUGUAUGCAAAUGUGAUUUGAAAGAAUGAAAACGAUUAGUUCAUAACUACGUUAUACAGUACAAUGACGACAUGUAAAUGUGCCAUCAGGAAAAGUUGCGGUUUAGUAUUUAUUGCUAUUUUAUAUUGAGAGACAUUUUUUUAUUUACCCCUGAUCCUUUUGGAUGGUGAUGAUGGAAUAUUAAUGUGAUGAGGAACCUUGUGGUCUUUUGUUUUAUUUAGCGUCAUCCAUGGCUCAUGCCAGUGAACCAUAAACUGAAUUUGGACAUUUUCCUACAACUAUCUGUAGGCGAUGUAUUUGAAAAUACAGAUGUCUAAAUAAGAUCUGUGCUUACUCUUCACCUAGAUGUUGAGAAAGUUUCCUCAAAGCAUCUGAUCUGACUAAGUUCUAGACAUUAUCCAGAUCUUCAUAUCUGAGAGCAGCUGUAAAGAUAGAGGAUUGAUGUUCUGUGAAAUCAUGUCCCGCUUUAGUGUUUUGUGUUUUGCACGUCGACCUGCUGCCGCCCUCGCGCUACUCACCGCAGCUCACAGGUUGUGACGGUCAGUGGCAGGUCAAUUUCAUGACGGCCAUAAACCUAAACACGAGAGCGUUUCCUUCUCAUAUCUUGAGCCAAACUAGCAACAAUAGUUACUAUCAUUGCCUUAUCAGUCAUGUGAUAUGAGGCAUUAGAUGCGACUGAUGUCACGGUUGUCUUGAGCACCGAUUGUGUAAACGAAGACGACGGACCGCAUCUUGGUCAUUAAAACUUUAGAAUACACAUAAAAUAUUUAUUUUGAAGCUCAUAAACAUUGUACCGUCAUCGUUACACACUGUGUAACAGUGUGGCCCCGUGCUUUUUUUUUCAUGAUCUCAUGUUGUUUCUUUUAACUUUGGACUCCCUAGUAUAAUUUAUUUGUAGACCAAAAUAUCACAUUGCCUCUAAUUGUGGGUUCUUUAUUUUUUCCUCAAGCAAAGUCAUCAAGAGCUAUGAAUAAACAGAUUGUGUGAACAUUUAAA